AUGUCAUUGAGCGACCAUCCCAAGGCAUAUGGCACCGCAGCCAUUGCCGUUGCCUUUGCGGCCGGCAUCGUCGCUACCCUGGGUUUUAAAGAGCUGUAUCCCGAGCUUGAAUCCCGAUAUCAGCACAACCGAUUCCAACGCAAACGCAGCAAUGCGCGGUCAACAGAUCCUCGGCGAAGCAGUUUCUUCUGGAUGGCGCCAGUGCAGCUUGAAGACCAUGAGCCGACGCCGUCAUCAUCUCGUGCCCCAGCGAUUGCAUCAAACGGCAUCGAAGGAUGUAUCGGCAACACCCCCCUCAUAGAGAUACCAUCUCUCUCCCAAGCCACCGGCCGGACCAUCCUCGCAAAGGCCGAGUUUCUCAACGGUGCGGGAAAUAGCCCCAAGGACCGAGUAGCUCUCAACAUCAUUUUGGAGGCUGAGAAACGGGGACUCUUAACGCCUCACCAGGGCGACACCAUCUAUGAGGGAACAGUGGGCAGCACGGGCAUUUCUCUCGCUACUCUGGCGCGCGCAAAGGGAUACAAGGCCCAUAUCUGCAUGCCUGAUGAUCAGGCCUUUGAAAAGUCGGAUCUUUUGAUUCACCUCGGCGCAACGGUUGAGAGAGUUGCCGUUGCUCCCAUCACCAGCCCCGAUCACUUUGUCAACUUGGCCCGGAGGCGCGCCACGGAGCACACGCAGUCAUCUACAGACGGCAGCAAGGGCUUCUUUGCGAAUCAGUUCGAAACCGAAUCCAACUGGCAAGCCCAUGCUGUCAGCACAGGCCCGGAAAUCUAUCAACAGACAGAUGGCAACCUUGACGCAUUCGUUGCUGGCGCUGGAACUGGUGGCACGAUAUCUGGGGUGGCGAGGUACCUGAAACUGGAUGCAAAGAUGAGCAAUCUCAAGGUUGUCCUGGCGGAUCCCCAGGGAAGCGGGUUGUACAACAAGAUUAAGCACGGAGUCAUGUAUUCGUCUACUGAAAAGGAGGGCACCCGGCGAAGACAGCAAGUCGACACAAUGGUGGAAGGAAUUGGUAUUAAUCGUGUGACGAACAACUUUGAAAUCGGCAGAGAUUUGCUCGACGAUGCGGUCAAGGUGACGGAUGAUCAAGCUUGCCGCAUGGCUAGGUGGCUUGUGGAAAAUGACGGCAUCUUUGUGGGGAGCAGCAGCUCUGUUAACUGUGUUGCCGCUGUUGUCACUGCGAUGAGACUGCCCCCUGGGAGUAGAGUCGUCACUUUGUUGUGUGAUUCUGGCACUCGGCAUUUGAGCAAGUUUUGGAAGAAUAUCAAAGAAAUGGGCCUAGAGGAAGAAGAGGCCACGGAUCUCUUUACUGAGCUGGGGAUAUCAGAAUGA